AUGGGGUUCCGCAUCACCACGUGGAAUGUUAAUGGGAUUCGAAACCCGUUCUCUUAUGAACCAUGGAGAGGGAAUCGGACCUUCGAGUCCAUGUUUGAUAUCCUAGAAGCCGAUAUCGUGGUCUUCCAGGAAGCGAAGAUCCAGCGGAAGGAUCUCCGUGAUGACAUGGUCCUAGUGCCCGGCUGGGACUGCUACUUCAGCUUGCCCAAGUUCAAGAAGGGAUACUCUGGAGUGGUGAUAUACACGCGCAACGCCACAUGUGCACCAAUUCGUGCCGAAGAAGGCCUCACAGGCGUUCUGUGCCCGGCCAACUCAGCAGUCUCUUUUCGAGACCUGCCAGAGGAUCAGCAGAUUGGCGGGUACCCGACGUCUGAGCAGCUCACCAGGCCUGCCUUCGUGAACGAUGAGGAUGAUGACGAAGAUGGAGCGGAUGACGAGAAACCGGCACCAGAUCCCAAAAUUGAUGCCGCAACACUCGACUCUGAAGGGCGAAGCGUCAUCCUCGAGUUCCCGGCCUUUGUGCUCAUCGGUGUCUACUGCCCGGCAAACCGAGACCAAAGUCGUGAUUGUUUCCGAAUGGACUUUCUCAGUGCAUUGGAUGCUCGGGUGCGCAACCUCGUCGCUAUGGGGAAACGGGUCUUCGUGACGGGAGACAUCAACAUUGCAAAGACAGCCCUUGACUCUGCGCAUGCGCUGGAGGGUAUUCGCAAGAGGACCACGACGGAAGCAGAGUACAUCUCUGCGUCAUCGCGGAGGUUGUUCAACUCAUUGCUUUCCGACGGGGUUGUUAUUGGAACGCGUGACGAAGGCAGGGAGCAGACGGUCUUGCUCGAUAUCUGCAGAUCGUUUCAUCCGGACCGCAGUGGCAUGUACACCUGCUGGGAUACGAGGCUCAACACUCGGCCAGGGAAUUUCGGUGCCCGGAUUGACUAUGUGCUUUGUAGUUUGGACAUGCAAGAAUGGUUCUCCGACUCGAACAUCCAAGAGGGAUUGAUGGGAUCGGACCAUUGCCCCGUCUACGCAGUCUUCAAAGACCGCGUGCCUUAUCAGGGAGGGCUGACGCACAUCCGCGAUAUCAUGAACCCCCCAGGGAUGUUCAAGGACGGCGAGAGGCAGCAGGAAUACUCGUCUCGAUUCAUGUUACCAGCAUCUGGACGCUUGCUGCCGGAGUUCGAUGUUGACAAGCGGCGCAGUAUCAAGGACAUGUUUACCCGCAAGCCACCCAGCACCCUUUCACGAUCACCGUCUACAGCCAGCACACUGGAGAAGCUAGCUACAACUCCAGCUUCUGAGCCCGCCACGCCAGCGAUAGCUACUCCUAGUGAGACGCCCAAACCACCAGUGUCUUGUGAGGCCCAGGCCACAAAGGCCCCGCCUCUCAAACGAUCCCAACCACCUCCCACAGCUUCUGCCAAGCGCUCGAAACCCACACCGGCCCCGUCAACGUCCGGCCAGAAGUCGCUCAUGGGCUUCUUUAAGCCAAAGACCGGCGAUGCAGCAUCACUCAAGAAAAGCAACACAGUCCCCGAUCCCACCAUUGCUCCGGCCGCGUCACAACAACAAGAGACUACAUCCGACAACCCCUCUGCAUCAACACGCUCCCCAUCCACACAGUCCUCCCCCAGCAAACUCAGAACAGAUGAUUCAACGAUCGAUCCCAUCGUCAGCAAGGAAGACUGGACGAAGCUGUUUACUAAGAAGGCCGUGCCACGCUGCGAGAGCCACCAGGAGCCGUGCAUCAGCCUGACAACCAAGAAGCCGGGCAUGAACCGUGGCCGAGCAUUCUGGAUCUGCCCUCGACCACUGGGACCCAGCGGCGAGAAGGAGAAGGGCUCGCAAUGGCGGUGUCCGACGUUCAUCUGGGCCAGCGACUGGAACUCGAUCUCACAGUCUGAGGCCUGA